AUGAGCAGGAUCAAGGCGAAGCUUCAUUUUGAUUUGAGCGAGUGCAAAAAGUUCUACGCUCAUUUAGAGUCGAAGAUGACGAGGGUUUUGCGCCCUACCCGUCACUUACACUCACAAGUGCCCCUGUUAAAGAACAACAAGCAGGAAAAUUAUAAUUACGAAGAGAAGAGCUUUGUUGGUUAUUUGAAGAGAUUCUGUGAUAGUCUUACUGGACAUGUUCGGGAAGCAAUACAAGCCAUGGUGGCAACGUACCAGCAGAUAGCUGAUCUUAAAUCACAGCGUGAUUCAAAUAUGCGGACCGAAGUUUUUAGCCCUAUCAAAGAGACAACACUCAAGGAGAUAUCAAAUAUUCAGAAACUGCAAAGGUUGGUCAUAGAAGCGCAGAAUCAACUAGCGGCGGCUGAAAGGAACAGGGAAAAAGAUGGCAGCCAGCAGGCGACAGAUCGACGUGAUCAAGCCUUUAGAUCCCACUCCGAGGCAACGGAGAGACUCAAGAAAGCCAUCAUAGAGUUCAAGCAAGAUGAGCCCAAGAGAAUAACAUUUCUGCAGGCAUCGGCUGAAGCUCAACUGGAAUAUCACAAAUGGGCAACGGAGGCAUUCACCAAAUUGGUCUCGGAGUUGAGAACGAUUCGGGGCAACGCGGCAGACAAUGUGCCCGAUACGACCUUGGAUACCACCUUAAACGGCGGUACGACAUACUACGAUAAGCCGCAGUCUAACUUCGGUUACGCUGCCGUUGUGAAGAGGACGCCAUCAACGGCUCAGAAUGACGCCCAAAAGACGACGAAAGCGCUGACCAAUUGCAAAGCAUUGUACGACUUCGAAGCAGAACAGGAUGAUGACUUGAGUCUUAAAAAGGGUGACAUUGCAACAAUUCUUGAAAAGGUGGAUGACCAGUGGUACUUUGGCGAGAAGGACGGACGCCGAGGACACUUCCCGGUGGAGUUUGUGCAGGUGCUUGAGUAA